UCGCACAAGCGAAGAAGAGGAGAAAACGAAAGAAAGAAGAGGCUGGCUGAGGCCAAAAAAGUAAAGUCGAAAAAAAAGUGACAAGAUGGUGUUGUUGAAGCUGAAACGGGUUAAAUUUGGAUUUAUUUUGCUGCUGGCGGUCGGUUUCACGCAAGGCGACAUGCACGGCAAGCUGCUGGACGAAACAGAGGAAACGCUGGACCUGGAGGCGUACCAUCCGAAUCGUGAUCUUCCAAUACAGAACUCGAUCGUAUCCCAUCAGAGAAGACACUCCAAAUCGAAGCGACGAAUGAAACGAAGAUACAAAUGCUACAGCUGCGAGCCGCCCGACUGCGCCGACAUCCACGCCCACCUCUGCCAGAACGCGAUCCAGUGCUGGAAGUCGCGCAUCCGCGACCAGUUUGGCCACGAGAGCGUCUCGCGGGGCUGCACGACGACGCACGAGCAGCUGCCGCUGUACUGCAACCAGAACCUGAUGAACAGCAGCGGGCCGAAGAAGCGCCACGCCACCGGCACGUACAACAUCGAGUGCUGCACGGGCGAUUACUGCAACAAUGGGAGCUUCCCGGUGCUGCCUCCGAUCGAGUAUCCGGACGACGUUACGAAGCUGGAAUCGUCCACGUACAUUCUGAAGUGGGUCGGGGCGAUUUUUGGGCCGAUCGUGGUGUUUGGGAUUGCGGGGGCGGUUUUGUUCCUGUGUUUGCGCCGGACGCACCACAAGCGGCUGACGGCGACCCGCAGCAAGCACGAUCCGGAGACGUACUACGCGAGCGACGAGAUUCUGCGGGCGACCAGCGCCGGCGAUAGUACGCUGAGGGAAUACCUCCAACACUCGGUCACGUCCGGUUCGGGCUCCGGCCUGCCGCUGCUCAUCCAGCGCACGAUGGCCCGCCAGGUGUCGCUGUGCGAGUGCAUUGGCCGGGGCCGGUACGGCGAGGUGUGGCGCGGUAUCUGGCACGGCGAAAGCGUCGCCGUCAAGAUCUUCUUCUCGCGCGACGAGGACUCGUGGAAGCGGGAAACGGAGAUUUACAGCACGAUCCUGCUCCGCCACGAGAACAUCCUCGGCUACAUCGGGUCGGACAUGACCUCGCGGAACUCGUGCACCCAGCUGUGGCUCAUCACGCACUACUACCCGCUGGGCUCGCUGUACGACCAUCUGAACCGAGCCGCGCUGACCCACCACCAGAUGGCCAUCAUCUGUCUGUCGAUUGCGAACGGGCUCGUCCAUCUGCACACCGAGAUCUUUGGGACAGAGGGCAAACCAGCGAUCGCUCACCGGGACCUGAAAACGAAGAAUAUCUUGGUACGUAUCAACGGCACCUGCGUCAUCGCCGACUUUGGCCUCGCGGUCACCCACAGCCAGACGACGAACCGCAUCGAGAUGAGCAACACGGCCCGGGUCGGCACGAAGCGGUACAUGGCGCCGGAAGUGCUGGACGAGAGCAUCAACCUGGAGUGCUUCGAGUCGCUGCGGAAGGCGGACAUUUACGCGAUCGGGCUGAUGCUGUGGGAGAUUUGCCGCCGCACGCUGUCGAACGGGAUCGCGGAGGACUACAAGGUGCCGUACUACGACUGCGUCACGUCCGACCCGAGCUUCGAGGAGAUGCGCAAGGUGGUGUGCGGGGACAACUACCGGCCGUCGAUACCGAACCGCUGGGUGUCGGAUCCGUUCCUGUCCGGCAUGUCGAAGCUGAUGCGCGAGUGCUGGCACGCCAACUCGAACGUCCGGCUGCCGGCGCUCCGGAUAAAGAAGACGCUGCUGAAACUGGCCAGCUCGGACGAAACGGUCAAGCUCAACUACGACGGCGAGGUUGUCGUUUGAUGAUGAUGAUGAUGAAAUAUCACAAGAGAAGAGAAUCAUUGCUAGAGGAGAAAUAUCAUAA